AUGGGAACUGAAAACGGGCAUGUAGAAAAUAUGCAAAUAUUUUACCUUAACCGUAAUCAAGUAACAAAUUCAUCGAGACCGGCUUUUCUAUAUGGGACGAGUCAAGCUAAUCAAAAAAUAGAAUGUUGGUGGUCGAUUUUAAGAAAACACAAUUCCCAGUUUUGGAUUAAUCUUUUUGAAGUCGUAAAGGAUGAUGGUUACUUUUCAGGCAGUUUUUUAGAUAAAGAUAGAAGAUAGAUUCAGUAUUGUUUCCUAGAUAUUAUUCAGGAGGAACACGACCAAAUGCAAUGCGAAUGGAAUUAUCACAAGAUUCGGAAGUCAAGAAACGGAAGAGGAGCAUACGGCCGACCGUCGGUAAUGUUUGAUUUGCCAGAAUUAUAUGAAUCGGAUAAUUAUUUAGUUACUGUCAAUUAUCAGGACAUAGCAUACUGCGAAGAAAACUCCUUAUUUCUGACUGAACCUUGUGACAAAGAUGUGUUUGAUUUAUGUAAUAUCAUUAUGCAAGAUCUAAGACUUGAAAAAAGUCGAGAUCCUUACAAGGCAAUUAAUCUGUACAUUAGAUUAAGAAUUGAAAAAAUUUCGCUUUUACUAAAUAUGGAAUGA